GAAUGGCUCUUUGGCUGAACUCGGUCGGUAUUGUGACUCAUCUAGAUCGCAGCAAAAACAGAAAUAUGCAUGCUCGACGAGUAGUGAUACUGUUCGUGUAUCUGUCUACAGUAUUUCUGGCAGUAGCCAUAGCGAAAGGAUACCCUCCUGAUAAAAGGAUACAGAGUCCCUCCUCGUUCAAAACAAUGUUGAGGUUCGGACGAUCAAGUAACAGUAACAGUGAUAAGGACCUCAAGCCUGUAAAUGUAUAUCCAAGAGCGGAUGCAUUUUUCUUGGGCCCAAGGUAUGGCAAAAGAUCUGUCUGGGGGCCCAAUCCACUCUCAAUGACCUGUGGAGAAGAAAGUGAUAUGUCGUGCUCAUGGGUCGGGCUUUCGAAUUUAUACAGAUGCAUACAGAGAAGUUCCUUUAGAGCCAAGCGUGUUUUGAAUAUUCUGCCUGAAAUUGAGCCUGAACUGGGGUUACCAAAUGAACCUUAAUUACGUAAGAAGUAACUAGAUUUCUAUAGUCUUACAAAACUCAAAUUCAAUGUUGGUGCAACAGGCCAUUGGAAGGAAAGACAUGCUGAUAUCCUCGAACUGAGAAGAUCUCCAAAUGAACGUCACAUGUGAUUAGAAAAUUUUGUUUGUUUCUUGUAAAGAAAUAUUACACCCAGGCUCGCCCCCUGGCUGGGGGGGCAAGGCUUGCCGUUACACCUCCCGUUAUGCUCUUCUUUGUACUUGCAGUGAUCCAAUGUAUUUAUAAUUAUUAAUAAAUGAUUAAUGUAAUGCUAAUAUUGAUGUGUAAUAAUAAAUAUCUUAGGUUCG